CCUCUGACAACUCCAUGCUGCAUCAUCCUCUUCCCAGCCCCCAUCAAACCCCUAUUCUUCUGUGUUUUAUUCUUCGUCUUUCCAUUUGCCCCGAAGCCGCCUACCGUUGGUCUGAUUCGACGAGAAGGGAAAUUGUCUGCCACACCAUGGACGAGAAAUCCGCCUACAAGUUCGACAAGCUCGGGAGGCCCGCACACGCAACGAUGAGGCCCUACGCUCGGCCCACGCGCAGGUUGAGACCGCUUCUGAUCACGGCCCUCGUGGUCUUGUGCUUCUACUACUACGUGCGACCAGCUACACCCUUCGGCAUCCUCCCCCAGGUUGCUAGGCUCGCCUCGGCGCAUGACGCAGAUGUGCAGAAGGCCAUGGCGGCGAGCACCAAAACCCUCGUCCCGUUCGAGGCCCACAUCAUGUCGAAAUGUCCGGAUGCCAGGGACUGCCUUAGGAUGCUGAUCCUCCCUACUAUGCAGCGCGUCUUCGAUAAGGUCAACUUCACCCUGUCGUACAUUGGGACGCCCACGGCCAAUGAUGGUGUGGAUUGCAAACAUGGUCCCGAAGAAUGCCUUGGAAACAUCAUGCUGCUCUGCGCAGCCUCCCUAUAUCCCGACCCCAAGAUAUACCUAGGCUUCUCGAUGUGCCUGAUCAAGGAUUACGAGGACAUACCCCAGAGAAGUCUGAUCGAGGACUGCGCUCUCGAGCACGCUAUUGACUUCGAAAAGCUGAGCGACUGUGCAGACCAGGACGACGGCGCAUUUGGUCUGGACAUGCUGAGGAGCAGUGUUCGGAGAAGCGCAGAGGCCGGCGUCACCAAGAGCUGCACGGUACGGGUGAAUGAGGAGAUUUACUGCAUCAGGGAUGACGGAGAGUGGUCAGAUUGUCCCCGAGGGCCCGAAGUCAACGACUUGGUUCUUGAGAUUGAGAAGCAGUACCGCUCUUCUUGAGCGGCUCGAAUACUUCUGUCCAUAACUCGCUAGCCUCACCGAGCGUAUAGCUUAACGAUACCGAAUCCAUACCCUUGUCCUG